CGAAAUUCAUUCAUUUCUUCAACUCAAAUCUGAUCAACUCAGUAAAAAUGAAUUUCACUUAUUUCGUUACACUCUCUCUGCUCGUGGUGUUGAUCGUCAAUAACGGUCAAUGUGCUUCAAUUUUGUCUGCACAGCCUGUUGGUGAAAAAGCCGAUAGUUCAAUCGUGUUAAAUUAUCGUUAUGUUGAAGAUUGGGAAGAUUUCGUCUUACUCAAUGUAAAUGCUACAGAAACUGGACCAAAACAAAUAGAAAGCUGUAGUUUGUCAUUACAAAGUCAACACGAUGUCAAAGGCAAAUUAUACUGGAGCUCAGCUUUUGAUUAUGCUGUUAUCCACAGUUCUCGACUUGAAUCUGAGAACAAGAUCGUUUUCAGUGUCUUGGUCAAGGAUGUAAAACCAUCUCCAAAUUAUCGAAUCACCGCUGUAUGUAAGCAUUCGGAUGGUAUGUUAACUUUGGCAGAUAAUCUCGACUUUAAAAUACAUUCCACUAUGUCCAAGGCUCGCAUUAUGUUUGCGCAACCAAUUCAUGUUGAGGACAGUUCGUCAAUAGUUCUAAAUUAUAAAUUUGAUAGUAUAUUGGAAGAUUAUAUUGCACUCACUUUGAAUGCCACUGAGACUAGAUCGAAAAUAGUAAAAUCCUGUAGCUUAUCCGUUGAAAAAAGCGCUGAUGGCAAAAAACAUUGGACUCCCACGAUUGAUUAUUCUAUCACUGACUAUUCUCGGCCUGAAUUUGAGAACAAGUUUAUAUUCAACAUACAACUCAAACAUCUUAAGCCAUCGCCAGUCUACCGAUUUACCGUUUUCUGCAUCCAUUAUGAUCUUUCAAUGACCUCUUCGGAUAAUCUUGACAUCGAUGUAGAUUCCAUUGAAUACUAGUUAUAACUAUUAAUAAAUAAUUCAUGUUAUUUUAUUGUAACGAAUUAUUAAUAAAUAUUUAAUUACGGCAUCAAUAAUUCUUCAUUCAUUUUCAUAAUCGCAUCAAAAUUUAUACGAUCUUGGUCACUUUUCAGUCUAUUAGUAGCUCACCUGACGAAAUGAUAAUAAGCCAAUUUUGAGACUUAUUCAGCUAACAAUAAACUUUUAACUCUCUCUUUUCAGUUUCUCUGGCCGUUUGCUCUGACCGAAACUUUUAACUUAACCUCUAACUAAGAACCUUAACCUUGUCGUUCAUUUUGUCACAGGUUUCUUGAAGAUAUGUAUUGUUCUUAUAGUUUUUCUCUGUAUAAGCAAUUCCCUAGUGUGGUGCUCUUUCUUUAGAAUGAUCUUUUGGGUUUCGAUGUAUCUUCUCUUUUCACCUUCCGUUCCAAUUCACUUUCAACAUCUCUCAUUAGACUUCAUAACAAGAACUCAUUUAUUUCCAGCCCAAGCAUUAGCUUCAAGACAAACCUAACCUCUUAACCUCAACUUCGUUUUGCUUCUUGGUUGAUUCAAUCUUGACAUAUCGAUCUUACCCCUCAAAUCGGACAUGAAUCGCUCAGUUAACUUUGUCUCUGUUAGCAUUUGAACGAUCAACUCCAUCGAUCCACUCAUUUGUAUUCAAUAUUCAAAUAUUGAAAAUAAUUAUUUGUUUUAAUCAGAAACGUUACUGUUACUGCUAUAUGAUUUAAUAAAGUUUUUAGACCAAAAUAA